AUGAAAACAGAGGAAUCUGAACAGAAACCAAACGCCACUCGCGUUUCAGCUCUUGAUAUGAUACUCGAGGCUCUAUGGAAAAUCAGCGUUUUCUUUAGCGAUUUUCUGCUGGGUUUUAUUCGACAACCAGGUUACAGCCUCAGAGAAGACGGUGAAUAUGUUGUUCCACCACAACGCCAGUUUCGUGAUUUCCUCGUCAGCAAUCUAAAUCUCAAUCAUCCUCUGGAAGGAAACGAUGUUCAUGAAUUGUUUGUAUCAGUCUUGGAACUUCUGCCUCGCUGGAGAAGUGAGGAAGAAGGAACUCUGCAUUCUAAGUUUGAAUCGCUAGCCAAGUAUUUUUCGUUUGAGGAGAUCCUUAAGGCCAUCAGCUUGAAGCAGACUUGUGACAAAGAAGGAUGUGAGAAACAAAACUAUGUUCCACGUAUGAUAAUAAAUAAUCUUCCAUCUGUUUUUGCAAUUGGGCUUGAGUGGGAGGAGAAUGAGACUGAAGGAGAGAUAAUGGAUACAACUUCUGUUCUCAAGACUGAAAUUGAUAUUAGUCAGAUAUACCUAUACGAAGGUGGCUCUGCAUUCACAAAAUACCAUCUUGUCUCAAUGGUUAUUGGAGACUGGAAUAAUGUUGUUAGCGUUUUUGCUGCACAAAAGAUUCGACCAACGAUUCUGUUUUAUGAAAAUGUUAUGGGAAGGAGUCAGAUUUUGGGGAAUACUGAGCUUGGGACCUUCGGGGAAGGAUCUAAAGACUAA